CCACGCUGGUUGUAAGCUUUACAUUCUGCAUGUGUUCAUUGUCGUGAGUUGUAGCUUUUCCCCGUUGUGUGUGUCUGAGGAAUAGCUGUUUACUGAAUACCCUGAAACACGUUUACUCUGUAGACUGCACACCAUCGUAGGCGUCCAUCGCCGAAAAUCCCAUUAAUCGACAUAGGCUGUAGUUCAGAGCAGUCUACAUAGAGCAGUCUACAUCCCCCCUCCAGUCUAUAUUCCCAUUCCUGGAUCAGUGCUGGUUCCUGUCCUGUGACAACAUGCUUCAGAAGAAACUGGUUUCCUUUGGGAAGAUGCUGCUCCGCCGCCGGGAGCUGGACUGCAGCCAGGAGGAGACCCGCUUCGCCCGCUGCCUGACAACACUAGACCUGAUAGCCCUGGGGGUUGGUGCCACGCUGGGCGCUGGCGUCUACGUCCUGGCAGGGGAGGUGGCCCGGGAAAAGGCCGGACCCGCCAUUGUGCUCUGUUUUCUCAUCGCUGCGCUCUCCUCAGUCCUGGCUGGCUUGUGCUAUGCUGAGUUUGGUGCCAGAGUCCCUAAAACAGGUUCUGCCUACAUGUACAGCUAUGUGACAGUGGGCGAGGUCUGGGCCUUCAUUACUGGCUGGAACCUCAUCCUGUCCUAUGUCAUAGGCACAGCAAGUGUGGCGCGAGCUUGGAGCUCGACCUUUGAUAACCUGGUUGGGCAGGCCAUCUCAAAGUUCUUUAAAGAGUUUAUGUCCAUGAAUGUUCCUGGGAAGGUCCUUGCAGACUACCCAGACCUCUUUGCUCUCCUGCUGGUGUUGUCGCUCACUGGCCUGCUGGCGUUUGGCGUGAGCGAGUCUGCUCUUGUGAACAAGAUCUUCACAGGGAUCAACCUGGUGGUGCUCGGCUUCGUCAUCAUCUCAGGCCUGGUGAAGGGAGACCGGGCCAACUGGAACCUUACACAAGAGGACUUCAUCAACUCCACCAAUAUCAGUGAUCCUGAGUGCAUCCAGCGGCAGUUUGGCACCGGGGGCUUUGCACCGUUCGGCUUCAGCGGAAUCCUCUCUGGUGCUGCCACCUGUUUCUACGCUUUUGUGGGUUUUGACUGCAUAGCCACAACAAGUGAGGAGGCAAAGAACCCCAUGCGUUCCAUCCCCAUCGGUAUAGUGGCCUCUCUGCUCAUUUGCUUCUUUGCGUACUUUGGCGUGUCUGCGGCUCUCACCCUGAUGAUGCCAUACUACCUGCUGAACACCCAGAGCCCCCUGCCGGAGGCAUUCAGUUACAUUCACUGGGACCCUGCCCGCUAUAUUGUGGCUGUGGGCUCCCUCUGUGCACUGUCCACUAGUCUGCUGGGCUCCAUGUUCCCCAUGCCUCGUGUGAUCUACGCCAUGGCUGAGGACGGCUUGCUCUUUCGCUUCCUGUCGCGCAUGAAUGUGAGGACCAAGACUCCUCUGCUGGCCACCAUUGUGUCAGGAAUUGUAGCGGCCCUUAUGGCGUUCCUGUUUGACCUAGCUGCCCUGGUGGACCUGAUGUCCAUAGGAACUCUUCUGGCAUACACACUUGUGGCUGUAUGUGUGCUUAUUCUCAGGUACCAGCCAGGCAGCCUGAGUAUCAGCGGCCCCAGCCAGAAGCUGGUGGACCUGGCAGGGCCUGAAAAGGCAGCCAUGGUUGAGGGAGACAGUGGGGACGAUUUCAGCAACGAGGGCCUUGAGACCCGGCCCCUGAGAGAGAGGUUCACCUACAAGAUGCUGCUGCUGCCCAGCUGUGACAUCCCAACCAAGACCUCCGGCCUCAUCGUAUACGUCACCACUGCUGUCGUCUCUGUGCUGUUCACCGUGCUGUGUGUGGUCCUGGCCGUGUGGGGGGAGUGGGUUGUGGAGGGCCGACCCGUUUGGGUCACAAUUGCAGCAGUGCUCUCUUUCUCCUCCCUCGUUUGUGUGGUUAUCAUCUGGAGACAGCCUCAGAGCAGAGAGGCUCUUACUUUCAAGGUACCACUACUCCCAGUAUUGCCAUUAGUCAGUAUUUUUGUCAAUAUCUACCUCAUGAUGCAACUGGAUGGAACUACAUGGAUUCGCUUUGCAGUGUGGAUGGCAAUAGGUUUCGUCAUAUAUUUUGGUUAUGGCAUCAGGAACAGUUCAGAAGCAAGUCAGAACUCUGGAAAGUUUGAGCCGGUUCACCGAUCCAAGAGUCCCAUCUAUCUUGCAGAUGAUGACAGUGAGGUGGAGGGCAUGACACCCUAGAAGAGGAAGGGACUAGCAGUACUCUAGUACUCUAUCAUAGUAUUUUAGGUUUACAUGGAUGAAGUUAUCCUCAAUUUCAUCAGUUAGGGAUAAAAGUAUUGCGCUAAGACAGAGUUUUAACCUGUCCCUUUCAUUGGGUAAUUCAUGUUAUGUGUCAAGAGUGGUUGAAUGGAAAGGGCAUCACAAUGUUAAGCACAUCAAAAGGACCAGUAGUACAGUAAUAUAUUCUAAGGUGAAUUAUUAUACUUAUUGUUAAUAUUAUUAACCAACACAAAUUAACAAACAUGCCAAAUUGUUACAUAUCUAACCAUUGACAGUCAUUUCUCUCCAUAAUGAUUUCAUUCAAGUGGUGCAGACCUCCACCUAAGUCCUUUUCCUAUUAUAGUGCCUUUAACUUGAGCUAAAUUUAGCCAUUUUCACAAAUGAAAGUUAUCCUCUGACUUUGCUGUGCAUGAUACCACUUAAACAGGUCAAUUUGUCUGUCUUCUAGUCAAUGAAAUAGGUCAAUCAUUUUUGUAUCCUUACACGUUCAGAUUUUGCUCAAAAAAUAGGACAACACAAAGUGCUUAUGAUAAUCUGGUCAGACCACACAGAAUUUAGUCUUCACUAAAUUGAUUUUUGACAAUGAAACAAAUUAUAGAUUUCCCCCCACAAGGGGGGCACAAUUAAAAUUAGGGAAUUAACCAUUUUGAAAAGAUAAUAUUUUUCUUAUCAUAAGAUGAUUAAAAUAUUUAUACAGAUACAUGCAUGUUUAUUUUGUUGGAUACAUACAAUUUUAUGUAUGCUGCAUUUCAAAGUUACUGAAAGGGCUGCUGCUGGCCAUAAAAGUCUCAAUGAGAUUGUUAAAUUAACUUAUUUUUGCACCAUAAUAUAAACCUCUACCAAAUACAAACAUUUCUAUAUAAAGGUACAAUGACGCUGUAAUGAAGGCUGCUUAUGUUUGUCCAACACUGACACUACUGAGAGAGCGUGAGAUGGGAUCAAAUAAACUUAAAUUGAUCCUGGUUAUCGUCCCAAUAUUAUGCCUUUGAAAGUAUACUUUUCUUCAAUUGGUCAAGGCUAUGUAAUAUAAUGGAUGGAUUAUAUGUAUAUUUUUGUACAUAACUAUUAAUAUUUCAAAUUGUCUUAUAAAUGACAGUUUUGCCUUUAUGUGGUCAUCUCUCUUUAUACUAUAGUCUUUAUAGAUCUGAUGACAUGAAUGUAUAUUAUUGUUUAGAUGUAAAGUAGAUGGGGGUCUGUCAUAUUUUUCUUCUAUAUACCUUCUCUUGUGGUAUUCAUCCUGUGCCUUUCUGUUGUAUGAGUUAUAUAAUUUCUAUUGUACAAUUGAUUAUUAAUUGUUAAGGUUAAUCUUCGUCUGAUGUUUGACAUUUGUAUUUUUGCUUGGUAUUCUGAGUGUGCUUUCAAUGGCAUUUUAAGUUGUAUUUAAUUGUUCAGGUCUGGGAGCUUCUUGAUACGGUUUUGCAGAGGCCUCGAAUAGCUCGCAGGUCUAAACAAGGAACUGUGAGGCGACCACGGGUCAACCUGAAAACAGGUUGUUGCUUUUUUUACUUGCAGAAUAUGAGAUAUACUAAUUUUGUUAUGCAAAUAUUGUAUAUUCUAGAACAUGAAGUGAUUUAAAAUGUUGUGGUGUUUCCAGUUUCAAGCAACGUCUUUAACAGCGUAUUUUGUAACUUAUUAUUACUAAAUGUUUACAGGCAUCCUGGUCUUAAGAUUUGUUUUCAGUAUGGUUACAUUUAUAGUGUACUAACUGAUGAAAAUAUAUUAUCUGUAACUGUUACAAUAGAGACCAAUACGCUGCUGUAUAAAAUGCAAAUGUUUUAACUGUCAAUAAAUUUCCAUGGAAAUUA